AUGCAUCCCACCACACGCCAUCUCGAGCGCCUUCCUCCUGAAAUAUGGCAUGAUAUCCUCUCCUACGCAUGCACCGACGGUGGGGCUACCGGCCGCGCUCUCGCCCUCACCAGCAGGUUUUUCCAUGAACAGUCCCACGAAUGCAGGCUCCACUCGGUUCAGUUCAGGACUAUAACCCGGUCAGCCAUCUUCCUCCGCUCCCACAGAGACCCGAGGGAGUGCAAGAUUCGGAACUUCUUCUACAAACCACAUCUGUCCGAUAUUGAGCGCCACAUCGCCCUGGAGGACCUCACAAUCGCUCGCCAGGGUCUCUUCCAAAGCCUCCUACACAACCAGGAUAUUCGCGACGGGCGAGGUACUGCCGCGGUCCUCGCGCUGGCCGCGCGUCAUCUCCGGACCUUGAGCAUAGCUUAUCACAAGCUUUCCACGCCUAUUCCUCUAUUCCAACACUUCCCCAAGUUGCAAGAGCUCAGUGUCUGGAACCAUCCCUUAGCGGAACAUCCCGUGCUCGAUAGCCUCUUGCUCGGCGGGGAGUCCAUCGAGGCCAACGUCCACCGACCUCUGUGUCCCUCCUUGAAGCGGCUGCAUGUCAUCCUGACGGACUCGGACAUGUCCUUCCAGACCAUCCUCCGCCGCCUCCCUGACCUCGCCUCGACGUCGCUCACCCACCUCCGUCUCUCCGGGGUCACGUACACCGAAGACGCCCUUUCGGACGUGCUCGCCGCGAUGCUCGGCGUCCCCGCCCCGCUUCCCCUCCGCGAACGCAUCAGGGCGCCAGGAGACGCGGCCUCGCGGGCGGGGCCGGUCGUUCCAGACGGCGCGACGUUCCCCAACCUCCGCUUCCUCGUGAUCUCCGCCGUCCAGCCGCGCUUCGACGAGGAGGCGGGACCCGAGGUCGCGCGCAAGUGGACGGGCAUGCUCGGCCUGCUGCGCGAGCUCGAGCGGACGUGCAAGCGCGUGCGGGGCAUGCGCAUGGUCGUCCUCGAGCGGAGCUGGAUGCGCAAGCCGGUUUGGGGCGUCCGGAUGCAGAGGGAUUGGGAGGACCGGAUGUUGGGUGGACCGGGAUGCUGGGUUGUAUCCGAGGCGGAAGAGUCGAAGAUCGAGGGCCCAGUGGACAGCCCGAAAGGCGUGGAAUGGUGA